ACGCGGGAUGCCCAGCGCGCUGUCUUGCGGCCCCUGAGGCCUCUGGCCACCUCGCCGCUUCGCCCGACCUGGCCGCCAGUCCCGAGAGGUGGUCUAGGAAGGUUGCUGCGUGAAAUCAUCUAUCUCUGAUGUAUACAAUCAGCAGUUCUAAUUUCAGGUGUUUUUGAAAAAAAGAAUUCCACGAUUUGGAUGUGAGAAAGGACAUGUGGAGACCAAAGACCUGGGAUUUUGCAGAUCAGAAUGAAACAAAUGUUGAAAGACUUUUCAAAUCUAUUGCUGGUGGUGCUCUGUGACUAUGUUCUUGGAGAAGCUGAAUAUCUCCUCCUUGGAGGGACAGGUCAUGUAGCGCUAAGCAACCGCACAGUGCCUGUGGAUUUCCAGAUUGUGGAUGGUGCCAAUGGCACGCUGAGGAAUGUGUCUGUCCUGUUGUUGGAGGCCAGCACCAACCAGACUGUUACCACCAAAUACCUCCUGACCAACCAGUCUGAGGGAACAUUUGAGUUUGAGUGCUUUUACUUCAAGGAGGCUGGUGACUAUUUGUUCACGAUGACCUCAGAAACAACAGACAACAGCACUCCAACCUCCUGGUGGGAGCAAAGUGCCCUUCUGAAGGUGGAAUGGCCAGUCUUUCAUAUUGACUUGAAUAGAUCAACCAAGGCAGCAGAAGGCACCUUCCAGGUGGGCCUUUUUACCAAUCAACCACUGUGCCUAUUCCCUGGAGACAAACCCAAUGUGUUGGUAGACGUUAUCUUCACCAACAGUCUUCCCAAGGCAAGAACAAAUCAGGGGCAGCCGCUGGUAAUCAGAACCAGCAAGAGGACAGAGCUCUCUCAAGGUCAGUGGGUUGAGUUUGACUGUGCACCUGUGGGACCAGAGGCCUAUGUCACAGUGGAACUGAGGUUGCUUGGCCGAAACUCUGUCAUUACCUCCACAGGACCCAUUGACCUGGCUCAGAAAUUUGGAUACAAAUUGGUGAUGGUUCCAGAACUCACAUGUGAGUCCAGGGUGGAGGUGAUGGUGUUGCCCCCACCAUGCAUCUUUGUCCAAGGUGUAGUCACUGUAUUUAAGGAGGCCCCUAGACUCCCUGGGGAAAGGACCACACUACUGGCGGAAAAUAGCCUGACCUUGGGAGAGAGAAGAACAGUAUUCAACUGCACUUUGUUUGACAUGGGGAGGAAUAAAUACUGCUUUGACUUUGGUGUUUCAAGCAGAAGCCAUUUUUACACAAUGGACAAGAAAGAAUGCAUGCUCAUUCAGAGAAAUAUAGAAACGUGGGGACUGUGGCAGCCAUGGAGCCAGUGCAGUGCCACAUGUGGGGAUGGCAUCAGAGAGCGUCACCGUGUAUGUCUGACUUCCUUCCCCUCCAGACCUGGCUGCCCUGGAGUGUCCUCAGAGAGCUCCCAGUGUUCCCUGGAAGACUGUGCUGGUAGGUAUUUGUGCUUCCUUCAGGAGUCUCUCCCCAGAAUCUCCUUCAGAGGAAAUACUGAGCCUGGAAAUCGCCAGUGUGAGUUUGGGAAUGGAUUCCUUAACACUCUGUUAUUGCUGCUGGCUGUGCUAACAGUGUUUGCUAGUAUGUCUGUUAUUGGUAGUGGCAAGUGGGUGAGCUGA